GCUUAUCUCUCUCUCCGUGAAAACCCACUUUACUAAUCCGAUGGCUUUAGCUUCUUUGUUCGCUCGCUCUCGUAGAACAGCUUCCUCCUCCUUUAUCCGCUCUUCUCGUCAGCUCCUCCACUCGACGCCGAAUAAAAACGGUGACGUGUCCUCGAUCUCUGCACAGAAGGGUCGCCGGAGGAUCCCUAACUGGUGGUCCAGGUCUCUUGUCCCGUUGGCGAUAGCUGCCGCCUCCGCAGCAUCUUUCGCGGUUCUGAACCAGUCUAUCAGCCAAUCAUCUGCUUUGGAUUCUAAAGGUGUGAAAGUUGGGGGAAAAGGAAGUACUGAGCUUGUAGUUAAAGGAGAGUACAAAGAGGUUCCUAAGGAGCUUGUUGCUGAGUUGAAAACAAUCCUCCAGGAUAACUUGACAACGGACUACGAAGAGAGGUACUUCCAUGGGAAGCCCCAGAACAGUUUUCAUAAGUCAGUAAACAUUCCUGAUGUUGUUGUUUUCCCGAGGUCCGAAGAAGAAGUCUCCAAGAUUCUUAAAUCCUGCAACCAAUACAAGGUUCCUAUUGUACCAUAUGGUGGUGCAACAUCGAUUGAGGGUCACACCUUGGCUCCAAAAGGAGGUGUGUGCAUUGACAUGUCACUAAUGAAGAGGGUGAAAGCAUUGCAUGUGGAAGAUAUGGACGUUGUAGUUGAGCCUGGAAUUGGCUGGCAGGAGCUCAAUGAACAGUUAGAACAAUACGGACUGUUCUUUCCUCUUGAUCCAGGGCCAGGUGCAACCAUAGGAGGCAUGUGUGCUACACGUUGCUCUGGAUCUUUAGCUGUAAGGUAUGGAACUAUGCGUGACAAUGUCAUAAGCCUUAAGGUGGUUCUUCCUAAUGGAGAUGUUGUGAAGACAGCUUCUCGUGCCAGAAAGAGUUCUGCUGGGUACGAUUUGACCCGCUUGAUUAUUGGGAGUGAGGGGACUUUGGGAGUCAUAACUGAGGUUACUCUUCGGCUUCAGAAAAUCCCACAGCAUUCAGUGGUGGCAGUGUGCAAUUUUCCUACGGUUAAGGAUGCAGCAGACGUGGCGAUUGCUACUAUGAUGUCUGGAAUACAGGUGUCAAGAGUGGAGCUCCUUGACGAGGUUCUAAUAAGGGCUCUUAAUAUGGCUAAUGGAAAAAACUUGAAGGAAGUUCCAACUCUGAUGUUUGAAUUUAUAGGGACAGAGGCAUAUGCACGUGAGCAGACUCAAAUCGUUCAGGAGAUUGCUUCUAAACACAAUGGAUCAGACUUUGUGUUCGCUGAAGAAGCUGAAGCAAAAAAGGAACUCUGGAAGAUAAGAAAAGAGGCGCUUUGGGCUUGCUAUGCGAUGGCGCCAGGUCAUGAAGCAAUGAGUACAGAUGUAUGUGUCCCUUUAUCUCACCUGGGAGAACUAAUAUCAAGAUCCAAGAAAGAGCUUGAUGCAUCACCUUUGUUAUGUGCCGUCGUUGCGCAUGCUGGAGAUGGAAACUUUCAUACAUGUAUUAUGUUCGAUCCGAACAAUGAAGAGCAGCGAAAAGAGGCAGACAGAUUGAACAACCUUAUGGUCCACAGUGCACUGUCCAUGGACGGAACAUGUACUGGAGAGCACGGUGUUGGAACAGGAAAAAUGAAGUAUCUGGAGAAGGAACAUGGAAUAGAAGCACUGCAAACUAUGAAGAAAAUCAAGAAAGCGUUGGACCCAAACGAUAUCAUGAAUCCAGCAAAGCUAAUUCCCCCUCAUGUCUGUUACUAAAAAAACGCCUUGGUCAAAACAUUUAUGUGGUCACUGAUGUUUGGUUACACUUAGUGAAGUAAUAAUAAGUAAUAACAAGAGGGAAGAGAUGUUGUUUGUUAUGUUGUUUGUAGUAUACAUUGUAUCUUUUGGUCUUUAUACUGUUUUUCUUUUGUCUAUAAACACCCAAAGUUUUUAUUUAA